UAUGUGUAUCUCCAAACCAGGGGGGGAAAAAAUAAAAAUUUCGAAUUCGCUUACAGGUUCGUCCUUUCCCUUUUUCCUGCCCCAUUUUGCCAAGAGAGAGCUGAGUUAAGGAGGAAGGGAAAACAAGACCACCUGUCACAUCUUUCCAGCACCUUUCUAGCGUUGUCCGUUUGGCGCAGCCUCCAAAAAGGGAGUAGAAGUCACCAGAAUAGAAGCAUAAAAAAGGGAGUACGCUACGGCACAGAGAAAGAGCUUCUCCCCCCCCCUCUGCCUCUCCACUCCCCCCAUUUGCCAAUGCGCCCAUCCGUAAUUGCACUGGAGUUGCUUCAGUUGAGAAGCCCCUCUGUGAGCACACGAGGCGUUUCAAAGUAGACACCGCGUGGGGGGAUAAAAGGGGGGAAAAAACGUGCAUCCAGUAAGGGGGCGCAAAAAGGGGAAGCCAUAUAAGGCAAACAGGUGAAGUAGAAUUAUACAGGCAAGAAAAAAAUGCAGGCGUAACGAAAGAGUCACCCAGCAAGCUCACCUCUUUGUACCCCCCCACGCACAUACGCCCGCCCCCCAAAAUGAUUCCCCUUUUCAAAAUCGGAAUCGUUCUCAUAAGACAAGUUAGCAAACCCAUAUCGGGCUACAUAAAAAAGAAAGCCAUAGAAAAUAAAAAAUUUAAAAGCAUCUGCAUCUACUGUGGGAAGAAGUAUUAUUUCUUCGAGCAGUACAUCCAGAAAAAAUUUUACAACGCAAAUGCGACCAACGUUAAUUACAGCUCCUAUAUAAGUGAGAGCAAAUCAGUUAACGUAGGGAGUGAGUUGCUUGGAGAGACUAUCAUUUUUUUAGUGGCGGCCAUAAUCAUUGUAGCUGAGUACAAAAGGAACAGUUUGAAGGAGGCGAAAAAGGAAACGGUGUUAAACCAUAAGCUGGAAACGCUCAAAUUGCAAGUACUAGAAUUGCAGAAGGAAAACGACGAAAUUAUGAAAGUCGUUUUUCCCAACAGGAAGAAUGUGCGUGAUAGCAGAAGCUUCCAGGUUACGCACUCCAAUUUUUUUAGAGAUGUGUACAACAGAAUUGUGGGCAGGCCCGGGGACGAUCAGCCAGAUAAGGGCAAGCCGGAGGGGUAG